ACCCCGCGGUCUAGCUACUUCCCCAGACAGCGCCGAGCCAGAAUGUGGCCCGCGUCGCAGUACCACUCGGGCGCCCACCAGCCGGGCAAGCCCAACGAGCACCAGAACCAGCAGAACCUCAAGACGCUGGGCAUGACCUCUGCUAUCUCUAUGGCAGGUCCAAAACCGAUCGACAUCGAGAAGACGAAUGAGCUCAAAGAGUCCCUCGUUCCCUUCAACGUGUUUGAGUCAGAAGACGAGAUGCACCAUCGUAUGGAGGUGCUGGGCUCCUUACAUCGCCUGGUCCGCCAGUGGAUCCGCGAUGAGUCGCUCCGCAAGAACAUGCCUCCCAACGUGGCGGAAACCGUCGGCGGGAAUAUAUACACCUUCGGAUCGUACCGGCUCGGGGUGCAUCACCGCGGCGCCGAUAUCGACGCGCUGUGCGUGGCGCCGCGCCACAUCGACCGGACCGACUACUUCCAGUCCUUCUACGAACUGCUGAAGCAGCAGCCGCAGGUCAAAGACUUGCGAGCGGUGGAAGACGCUUUCGUACCGGUAAUCAAAAUGAACUUCGACGGCAUUGAGAUAGAUUUGCUUUUCGCGCGACUGGCGCUGAAGGAGAUACCUGAUUCCUUCGACCUCCGCGACGAUAUGCUGCUCAAGAAUUUGGACCAGAAAUGCGUGCGUUCGCUGAACGGAUGCCGCGUCACCGAUGAGAUACUUCGCCUCGUGCCCAACAUCAACAAUUUUAGGCUGACGCUGCGAGCCAUCAAGUUGUGGGCCAAGCGCCACGGCAUCUACUCCAACACGCUCGGCUACCUCGGCGGCGUGUCGUGGGCCAUGCUGGUGGCUCGCACGUGCCAACUAUACCCCAACGCGUUACCCGCGACCCUCGUGCACAAGUUCUUCCUGGUCUUCAGCCAGUGGAAGUGGCCGCAGCCGGUGUUGCUGAAGCAACCUGACGCCGUCAACCUCGGCUUCCCCGUGUGGGACCCAAGGGUGAACGUAGCGGACCGCUUCCACCUGAUGCCGAUCAUAACGCCCGCCUACCCGCAGCAGAAUUCCACCUUCAACGUGUCAGCUUCUACAAGGACCGUCAUCAUGGAGGAGUUCCGGCUUGGGCUGGCCAUCACGGACGAGAUAAUGCUGAACAAGUGCGGCUGGGAGCGUCUGUUCGAAGCGCCCAACUUCUUCUCGCGGUACAAGCACUUUAUAGUGCUGCUCGCCGCCGCCGCCUCCUCCGACGACCAGCUGCAGUGGUGCGGACUGAUCGAGAGCAAGAUCCGACAUCUCAUCACUACGCUGGAGCGCAACCAACACAUCACCAUCGCGCACGUCAACCCGGAAUGCUACACCAGCGUGCCCUUGAACACCAACGACGGACAGCCGAUGGCCUUACCACCAGGCUCGACAGUGUCUACGGAUCCUGCUACGGAGAUCAGCAAUGAUGACAACGGCGAGAGGAUACCCAACCUCUGUUCCAUGUGGUUCAUCGGGCUGGUGUUCGAGAAGACUAGUGUGACGGUGGACCUGACCUACGACAUCUCGUCGUUCACCAAGGCCGUGCACUACCAGGCCGACCAUAACAGCAUGUUGCGCGCCGGAAUGACCAUCGAGGCUCGGCACGUGCGGCGCAAGCAGCUGCCUCAGUAUCUGUCCGCGUCGCUUCUUAAGCGCGAGCGCACCGCGUCGGGCAACAAGCGCCGCCUGCCAGACGCGCGCCCCGCUCCCACUAAGAAGCACAAGAGAUUGUCUGAGAGCAGCACGGACGAAGUCAGCAUCCUGUCCUACAACGAAGACUCAAACUCGUCCAACAUGUACGAGGUCAACAUCCAGAACGGGACCGCGCCCGCGCACGCCGCCGACAAAGACAAGGAGCCUUCCACAUCCGCUUCAAUCGCUUGCACGUAGCACUACGAGCAAUGGCGGACGCGCUUCAUCUACGGCACCGCCAAGCGGCUGUGAACGCUCGCUGCUCGUGAUAUAAACUAAAGUGAAGUGAUCGUGUUGUAAAGUGGACCUUUUGAGGCUGAAAGUGAAAUAAGGCCGGUCAAAGCCGAAUCGUUAUGAACUUUUUUGAUUAUUUUGGCAAUGGAUAUCGCAGGUAGAAUGUACUCAAUGAAAACCUGCGAUUGAAGCAAUUUGAAUUUGGUCUGCAGUUAUGGCUGAUUUUGAGCUACAAGCCAUUGGUCGACUCUAAUCUUACUGUAAAUAAUGAUCAAUUGAGAUUGGAGUGAGCCUAGCCAUAUCUUUUUAAAAUGACUAGGCGUGGAAGACAAAUAUUGCCAGUUGAUUUUUAACCAUGAUGACUUGAAAUAAAACCCCAAUUUGUGUGGGAAAUGUGCAGUCUGGAUAAAGACGGGUGUGCGGAUCUCUUGUACAUAGUGCUAGGAGUCCGUUAGCAAGCCAAGCAAUUGUGGACUUUGCGAACGUGUGAAAGUGACUUGUGUUAGUGAACUCUAUUGGAUGUGAUCUUACUUACCGCAGUGCAUCGAAUUUAUUCAUUGGUAAGUAAGAGGUGGUAACGGUUUUGAUUAUAAGUGAAGCAAUGCGACGUCGUGAAUUGCCACCAUGGCGUUGUAGGUUUACCUUUACUGAAGAUUUUUAAACAAGUUAGUAAUUUGAUAUUUUCAGUCUUUACCUAUUGGUUUAUAAAAAUGUCAAAUUACCAAUGGGAAUCCUGGGUGGGUUUCGGGCCAACAGGAUGUAGUAAUUUUCACAAGUAAUUCUAUAUGUUAGCAAUAUUCUCAAUGUUGUUUAUUCAUCUAUUUGUCUUGAAAUCAUCAAUGUAGAUGAUGGUGGACUUUUUACACUAAAGUUUGUCGAAAAACACUAUUUUAUGCAGGUUUAGCUUUUAAUGAGACAAAC